GGAAUUUCACUUCCUGUAUCUCUCAGGUGAGUCACCUGGGCAAUGUCGUCGAUCGCUGCAGUUUUUGUCGACAUCAAACUGGCGAAUCUCUCGUGAGAGAGUUUCACAUCGGAUCCGUCAAGAGAGAGAGAGAGAGAGAGAGUUUGCGGAAGUUUCGAUCCAUUUUCUUUUGCGCACAGCUGUGAAGGCUGUGAGAAGAAGAAGAGAGGUGUUUUGUUGUCCUUUUGAGGCCUAAACACACCUUGAAGAAGUUACCUUUUAAAAAAAAAAGAAAAGAAAAGGGGUGUUUUUAUUCUCUACUGUCUUAACAGGUGGAUUUUAUUUGUGUGGACAUCUUUUUUAAAGAAUGAAUUCCCUCCUUAAAGGCCAGCUGGUCCUGCUCCUGGUGUUCCUACUAGACUCGUCUAGUGGCCAGCUGACUGGAGAGGACUGCUUAGCCCAGUUCAAGAAGGGCAGAGACGACUUUAUCCUCGACGCAGACGAGUCUGUGAAAGACGGAGCCACGUUCAUAUCGUCACCGCAACUGGACCGAUACAAGGACUGCGUGAGCGCCUGCUGCAAGGAGCCCAAGUGCAAUGUCGCCUUCAUGGAGAGAGGAGCCGAGGAGGGCUUGGUCAACUCCUGCUUUCUCUUUGACUGUCUCUACAAGAAGAAAUACGCCUGUCGUUUUGUCAGGAAGAAAGGAUACACCAACUACAUCCUGGACUCUGUCUAUGAGAGCUACCUGGAAGUGGAUGCUCCCAAAGAUGACUCCGACCGUCCGCCGGUGGCCAACGGAGGCCCGGACCGGGUGGUCCAGCCUCAGGACACCUUGACACUGAACGGCUUACAGAGCAAAGAUGACAUGGGGAUUGUUUCCUUCCAGUGGCAAAUGCUCACCGGGUAUCCUUAUGCUGUCAUUGAGAAAACCAUCUUUGACGACGAGAUCAGUGUGUCCAAUCUGACAUCCGGGAUGUACAAGUUCCAGCUGACCGUCACGGACACCAUCGGCCAGUCAGACCUAACCAAGGUCACCGUGUUGGUCCUUACUCCUGAGCAGUCUGAGCACCACUGUAUGGCUCCAAUGAAGGUUGGGCCGUGUCGCAGUGCGUUCCCUCGCUGGCAUUACAACGGUGCCUCGGAGAAGUGUGAGAAGUUCACCUUUGGGGGCUGCAGGGGGAACCUCAACAACUAUCUCUCCAAGGAUGAGUGCACCAACGCCUGCUACGGUUCAGGAAAAGGUACUAAAAGUGGUAGAGGUUUGCCAAUUCCCUCGUCUCAAGGAGAAAGAUGCGGCGCUCCGUGCACAACGGAGGAAUUCACCUGUGAGAACGGCUGUUGUUUGGAUCCGGGUCUGGAGUGCGACAAGUUACCACAAUGCAAGGACUCCUCAGAUGAGCAGAAGUGCGAGGACUUGAACAACAACUUUCGUAUUCUGACUCAGAUUCCAGUGAAUGAACAAAAAGUGCGCUGCACAGAGGUUCCUGACACAGGGAACUGCAGGGACACUCUCACCAAGUAUUACUAUAACCCCCUCCAGCAGGACUGCUUCCCCUUCAACUACGGCGGCUGCCUAGGAAAUGAUAACAAAUUUGACACUAAGCAGGCAUGUCUAAGAGUUUGCCAUGGGGUAACCGAAACAGAUGUAUUUGCAAGAAAGGGAGAGACUGAACGCCAAAUUUCUCAAAGCCGAACAGGCAUUAUAGCGGUAGCUGCCUUGCUGGGUGUAGCUAUCCUCAUCCUACUAGUCAUCCUGGCGUACUGCUUCAUGAAGGGAAAGAAGAAGUCUUCACAACACCACCGUGUGCCCGCCAACAACGCCCCGGUCUCCUUGGAAGACAGAGAGCGUCUGGUCUACAACAGCACCACCAGGCCCAUUUGACCCCGCCAUCCUCACCUUUGACCCCCGUCCUAGUGGUGAAUGACACUGGUUGUCGGAGCGGUGUCGCAUACUGAACAAACUCAGAUUGAUGAGAGAGGAAAUAAUGUCCGUUGACUAAGUUUGAAUGCUGGAGGGGAUCUGUUUUUAUUUUCGUCCAUAUAUGGAUGGAUUUUGUAAGGGUGAUGUACAUAGAAGGCAGAACGUCUUCAAUGAUGAAAUGUGAUGUUAUGUUAAGCUUAUUUUUAAUGCAAUGGCCUUGUUGAAUUGUUGGAUGUCAGUUUGUACUUUAACAGGGAAGGAUUUUCAGUAGUUUGGAGGUAGAUUACCACCGAAUAUCAUUGGAUCAGGUUAAAUUCCUAAAUAUUUUCUGCUUUGUUGCAUUUGCUUCCAUUAAACAAUCUCAUAGUUCUUAGUGAACAGCUCUUUUUUAAAAAUAUAGUCAGAUCCUGAAUUGAUACUAGAUCCACAUUGGUCCGUUACUUCAAAGUAAGAGUCUAGAUUCCCUUGCAUCCUCUUAAAACUGUUAUAUGGUGAUCCCUUCAACUUCUCAAAGUCCUGCCAGCCACACCAGCUUCUUCGCUCUCCCAGAUUUAUUUUUGUCCUGUUUAUAAACCGUUGUUACAUUGGAUGACACACACACGUGUAAUGUUGUACAUAAUCUUAGAAUUUUUGAGAAAGUAAUAUUUUACUUGAGAAAGCUAUUUUGUCAGUGAUUUUUCAAAAGUGUUUUUAGAACAAGCAUAAGGCAUACAUCAAAUAAUGUGAUUGAUCCAUUUAUAAAGCAGCUUUGCUGUUGAAUAUUCAACAUUAUUCAACAUUAUUCAACUUCAAAUGUUUGUACAUAUGACCUUUAUGUAGGUUUCUGUAACUUUAGCAGUGUCAUGAUGUUUGGACUAAAUAAAUAUACAAACUCAAA